AGGCACCCCAAGAGCCUCUGUGAAUCUGCUGCGAUUCUGAAGCCUGCUGGAUCGAUGAAUUGUUCAUUGCUCAACUAAAGUCCUUCAAAUUUAAGUCAGCUGAAGUUUUUCUUUAUCAGAUUGUGUCAGAAGCAGAAUCUGAAGUGGAGCUUCUGGUAUGCCCAGGAGCACUGAGUAAACACAGAAGGUACCUGCAGGAUCCACCUGUGUCCAUUGAUCUCUCAGAGUGGCUGAGGAUCAAAGAGUUUUUCUUCAAGGGCUCAAGGACUGAAGCAUCCCGCAAAAUGAUUCUAUUGAAUAAUUCCAAGAGGCUGCUGGCCCUAUUUGAAUCUUUAGCAAGGAGCAUUCCUGAGUCCCUGAAGGUGUAUGGCUCACUGUUUCACAUCAAUCACGGGAACCCCUUCAACAUGGAGGUGUUGGUGGACUCCUGGCCCGAGUAUCAGAUGGUUAUUAUCCGACCUCAAAAACAGGAGAUGACUGAUGACAUGGAUUCAUACACUAAUGUAUAUCGUAUAUUCUCCAAAGACCCUCAAAAAUCACAAGAAGUUUUGAAAAAUUGUGAGAUCAUAAACUGGAAACAGAAACUCCAAAUCCAAGGUUUUCAAGAAAGUUUGGGUGAAGGGAUAAGAGCGGCUGCAUUUUCAAAUUCAGUGAAGGUAGAGCAUUCGAGAGCACUCCUCUUUAUUAUGGAAGAUAUCCUGAAGAUCCACGGCUCCAAUAAAAGCAAGCUUGGAAGCUGGGCUGAGACAGACCACCUAGAUGAUGAAUUGGAGAGCGAAACUCCCAACUUUAAGUAUGCCCAGCUGGAUGUGUCUUAUGCUGGCCUGGUAAAUGACAACUGGAAGCUAGGGAAGAAUAAGAGGAGCCUGCAUUACAUCAAGCGCUGCCUAGGAGCCCUGCCAGCAGCCUGUAUGCUGGGCCCAGAGGGGGUCCCUGUCUCAUGGAUAACCAUGGACCCUUCUUGUGAAAUAGGAAUGAGCUACAGUGUGGAAAAAUACCAAAGGAGGGGCCUCGGGACACGGCUGAUGGUGCGAUACAUGAAGUAUCUGUGUCAGAAGAAUAUUCCAUUUUACGGCUCUGUGCUGGAAGAAAAUCAAGGCGCCAUCAGAAUCAUUAGGGCACUAGGUUCCAUUGAGGCCUCCUGUCACUGGCACCAAUGGAUCUGCUACCCACAGAAUCUUGUUCCAUUGUAGACAAUGAAGCUGCUUAGCAAUCCUGGGCAAGUCAUCUCUUAAUGUUAAAGCAGACACCACAGAAUAGCUUUCUUCACUUACAAAUGUUGAUUGGGCAUUUAUGAUAUCACAGGAACUCUUUCUCACAUGGAGACUUGAUGUUAAAACACACAUCCAUGCUCUGAGGAGGUUACAAUCCAAGCUGGAGGCAGGGGAGGGUAUAGUCUUUAAAUAUGCUUAAGUCUUGUAGGGAAGGCUGGGGUUGUCAGUAAACAUGUAGCUAGAAAGCCAGGCUCAGUUCCUACCUCUGGGAAUCAGAACCCUUGAUGAAACUUGGUUGAUAGAAUCCACUAUCUGGAAGAUAAAUGAAGAACUUUAAUAAAAUUGUCAAUAGAAUAU